GAAUUUAAAUCCAAAAUUAAAAUAUGAAGUCAAGCAACAAAAGAAUGAAAGUGCUCAAUGGGUACUACAAGUCUUCCAAAAGUGUAGUCCCACCAGUCCAUCAGACUACUUCUGGUAGUAAGUCCUUGUCUAGGAAGCAAGGAAGCUGCUUCGGAGGAAGUCCAUACAAAUUUGAUCUCAAUGUAGUUGAUUCAAUCCAGCAUGGAAAAGUCAGGAUUCAGGAGUCUGGAAAUGAAGAAGCUCCCGUUCCUGUCAGGACACAGAGAGCUAACAAAUAUAAAGGAAAGUCUAGAUACAACAGAGCUGUCCAUAAGCCUACCACACAAGCUUCUGCUGUCUACGAGAACAUGAGGCAAAGGAAGAGGUCCCUCAAAAGGGAAGAUAAGGAAAAAGAAAGCAUGGAAGAGAACAGCAUCAACAAUCAAAAACAAUAUUCAAAAGCAAAAUCGGUCGUUAAUUUCAAAAAUUUAAAUUCUAAAGAGUCGGUAGUUUCAAAUAAGUCCUACAAGAGCUCUAGGAUGGCUGAAUCAACUCCUCGGGCUGUUACGAGAGGUGUCCUUCUUCCAAUCCCGCCAAAAUCAGAAGUUCAGAAAGAGUUGGACAAACAAUGGGUUCAAGACUUACCUGAGGGAUUGACUAAAAAGCAAAAACAACAGCUUUUAUCACUUGAAGAUCAAGCAGAGAGAAAUAGAGAACUUUCAAGGAUGACAGGAUCUGAGGUUAGCUCUAUUAAAGGCAACAAAUCUUCAUUGGCGGUACUUCGCGUCAGGAAAUCACAUGUUAAAACUAAACCAAAAACUUUAAAUACUUUUAAUCAUGGGCGGAAAUUAGAUGAAAUCCAUUUUGAAAAUUUCAUCAAAUCUCAGAAAAUUAGCAAGCAAAAGGAGUCUCCAGCUAAGGCUAAAUAUACAACCCAGCCUGAGGAGGAAAAGCCAAGUGCUAUUGAGAUUGUUUCAAAGAUUAGAGCAAGAGGAGAAAAGGCUAGGCUGAAAAGUCUCCAUAGUACUCCAAAAUCUACUCCUAAUCAGAGAAAAUUGAAGAAAACCCCAACUGGCAAGAAUAAAAUGACUCCUAUCCCAUUCCCAGCCUUAGAUUCUGAUGAGAAGAGUCUUGGAUCUGAAAACAAGUUCACUAGCGCAAGAAAACUUUUAUCUCCAGGAAGUACAGAAGAGGAUCAAAUCAAAGAUUUGAAAUCCCAGACCACUGGGAUUUCUAAAUUUGAACCUGACAACAAACCAACCACAAUCAUAGAAAAAGUACAGACUCCCAACAAAGAUAUUUCUGUUCCUUUGGUCACUGAGAUCCAGAGGAAGCCUCUUGUUGAUUCAUCUUUAGAGAUGUCAGCUAGACUUCCUCCUAGACCAGUCAUUGGCAAGCUCACUCCAACUCCUCAAGGACAAGCUAAACAAGUUGUAGAGUCUAUUAAGGAAAGAAUCGGGAACCUCAGGUCUCCUGCUAAAAUCACCAAUAGAUUAAUUCUUCCUGUUGAGGAAACUAGCAUGCAGCCACUCAUGGAUACUGAUUCUGAGUUUAAAACUCCUCUUCCUAAGAAACCAAGGUCAGCUAGCAAGAAGGAAGCUGUGAAGAAGAACAAAGAAGUGGUUACCACUUUCCCAAUGAGGAUCGACUUUAACGAGAGACCUAAAGAGUACGACCAGAUCAUCUUGCCCAAGAAGUUACAGCUAGUCUUCGACUUUUUCUGUGAAUUAGACAACGCUAUCAAUAAUUGUAAGAGGAGAGGGAAGAUCCCAGUGCUUUCAAAUCUGAAGCCGUAUAUUGAACAGUCCACAAAUAGGACCUUUGAUAUCGACCAUUUUAGAAAGGUGUAUUACGUCGCUCCUGAGCUAUAUUUCUACACUUGGCAGACAGUUGCAGGCAGCACAACUCAGGACAUUCGUAUUGAGAUUCCAGAAAAUAUUGAAGAAAUCAUCACAAAAGUUCACAAAAGAAGUAUUAAUGUAGAAGUUAGGCAGUCUCCUAUUGGUGAGCCCAUGACCAAUUUCCUCAACAACAAGAGGAAGAUCAUUAUGAGAACUAGGCUUAUUCUGUACAUCGAGAAUCUCCACAAAAAUUUCCUUAUGCAGCAGGGAUGCAAGAAUACUGAAUACAAUGCUGUGAAGGGAUGGCAUCCAAACUUUGACAUCGAGAGUGUCAUGGAUCUUCAAAAGAAGACCCUCAAAAAUAUGCCGAAAUCAAAGAAAGGAGAGACCAUCACUGAGUUUCUCAAGAACAAGAACAUCAAGAGCACUUUGUUGAAGAGGCAGGCUGAGAGUGACUCUAAUGCUCUUAAGAGCGAUAUGCAGCAAGCUUCUCAAAGUACUGGUCAUAGUUCCUUAGCUUAUCCUUCUCCUGAAAAGAGGAGCCCUGCUAAGAUCGGCACUGGAGUUAUCUCUCCAUCCUUCUACAAAAGAAUUCAGACUAAAGAGAAAAUUUACAAGGAGGAAAAGAAAAGGCUUGAAGAUGAAAGUCAGCGUGGCGAGAGCAAGAGGAAAAUCGAACUCAUGCUCAAGAUAGCACAAGCUGUCAAAAGUGUCUUCAGCGUAAAAGGAAAAGUGAACACACUUUUCCUCAACCAUGUCUUGAAGUACCUCAAUGACUCUCAAAGAGGCAAUUUUUAUAGUAAGAAAGAACUCAUUACUACUCUGCAAGAGAUUUCCCAAGUUGUGCCUGAAUGGCUGACUCUCAAAAAGCAUGAUAGAGGUUUCUUGGUUAAAAUCUGAAAGAAGGUGAAUAUCUCCACUAUUCGCUCAAAAAUUUUAAACCAGAAUGCCUAAUUAUUUCAUGAAAUAGCUAAGGAGGGUUUACCGCUGAUAAUCUCCAUAAAUUAAUGUCCUCCUUCA